AUGCAGGUGGAAGAUCCAUCAAAUAAGGACCUCUUUCAGCGGUGGCUGUACAACUUCUCGACAUAUCGGAGAAAUAAGCUUCCUCCUUCGAAGCCUGAAUCUGUUCAACCUGUUUCUAUACCAGAGGCCCGGAACUUAAUAUAUGGUGCCUUGACCCUUGUCUCACAACUCAGCUCCUUGUGUCAGAGUCUGGAAAAGAAUAAAGAGGAAGGACCCUCUUGGGAUCGAGAUUAUGAAAAAGCCAAAGACAUAAAAGGAGAUCUGGCGAAAAGAAUAAAGGAACUAGAGAAGCCGGGGUUUAUUGAAUGUGUUAAAUUGAAAUUGGGUAGAAUACGUAAGAAGAGACUUCGCGGGCAGCGCAGAAGGCAAGUAAGCGAGGAGGAAAAGGAGGCAGCAGAACGCGUUGCAGAGAGAGAGGCUGAGAUUGACAGCUGGAGGAUGCGGUGUGUCCAACAGGUGGAGGAAAAGAAAAAGGAACGGGAACUAAAAGCUGCUGCUGACAGUGUGCUUGGGGAGGUGAGGAGAAAACAAGCCGAUACCAAAAAAAUGCUGGAUAUGCUGAAAUCCUUGGAAAAGUUGAGAAAGCUGAGAAAAGAGGCUGCUGCAAGGAAAGGUGUCAGUCCUCCACCUAGUGCCGAUGAAACAUUCAAGAAUCACAUAUCCAGGCUCCGCAGGUUGGUCCACAAACGUGUCGCCCUGUAUGAUGCGGAGGAGAGGGCCCUCAGGGUCAUUCUGGAGGGAGAGCAGGAAGAAGAGAGACAACGGGAGAAAGACAAGAGGCUGAAAAAACAGAGAGAGAAAUUUUUCCAAAAGCAGCGAGAACUUGAUUCCGUAUUGUUCGGAGAUGAUGAGCCGCUUCCAUCUCUUCACCCUCACCAGCCUUUCCGUCAGUACUACCUCCAAGCUGAACACUCUGUUGUGUCUCUUGUCCAGAUCCGACACAAGUGGGAUCAAUUCUUGGCUCCACCUGACCAUCCUGAUGCCAGUAGUAUUCCUCGUGGGUGGGUACUGCCCAUGCCACCAUCUAGUGAAAUUUGGGCUACAGCCUUGACACAAGCAGAAUGA